CCGCUACCUAACACAUCUUUGUUUCACGGCCGACCCCGAAGAUACCUCUACGUUAUUAUUAUAUUUUUCUUUCGUCUGUCUUAUUUUCUUGAUUCUCUUUGUCUUUUCUUACGCUCGUUAUUUGCCACUUGAAGGUCACCUUUAGCAUGUCUUGAUUUUUGCCUGGGAGGAUGUCUGCUUUCUUGUCGUUAUGAGCAUGCAUAAAACGCACUGGGCUUGUGGGAGGAACUCGUCGAUUUACACUUGUUUGCUGCUUUCUCAUAUGCGGAGGCAUACCACCUGUUUACCUCCCUCUCUGUCUCGCCAGACCUACCAAAUACCAUUUAGAUGGACCUACCAUUCUUGUCUAGAUGGCGAAUGUCUCGUUCAACCUAUCCGUGAGGAUUUAUCUGAAGUGGAAGAAUUCCACCAUGAUACCCUUGUGGGUACCAAUUUAACUCUUUUCGUGCCUAUGUCGCCGACUACAUCGCACCAUAAGUUACCUCCGAAAUCCGAGAUCGUCCGUUGACAGGGAGGUACGGAGAGUACCGUUGUGUAUAGUACG